AAGCUUUCCCUUACAUCUGCACGGCCCGAGCAUGGACACUCAUGGCUGGAUUUUCAUUGGCUUUUGGUGCAAUGUUCAGUAAAACUUGGCGGGUACAUUCGAUUUUCACAGACGUGAAGCUGAACAAAAAAGUUAUCAAGGAUUACCAGUUGUUCAUGGUUGUUGGGGUCCUUCUGUUUAUAGAUUUGGUUAUUAUGACAACGUGGCAGGUUGCCGAUCCAUUUUAUAGGGACACUAAGCAGAUGGAGAGAUAUCCUCAUCCCUCUAACGAAGAUAUUAUCAUCAUUCCCGAGAACGAGUAUUGUGCUUCAGAACACCAAACUCUUUUUGUUGGAUCUAUUUAUGCAUAUAAAGGACUUUUGAUGAUAUUUGGAGCAUUUUUGGCUUGGGAAACCCGCCAUGUUUCUAUACCUGCACUGAACGAUAGUCGACACGUUGGUUUAUCGGUCUAUAAUGUUGCCAUAAUGUGUAUAUGUGGAGCUGCGGUCGCCUUGGUUCUUGUCGAUCACCAAGAUGCGAUGUUUUUGAUUAUAGAAAAAAAGCAAGAAGAUAAACAUACAAACAAAGAGAAGACCAUAAAGGACUGUACGAGAUAUGGGUAUACACAUAAAGUGAAUAAAUGUCUGGCAUACCAGCAGACCUGCAAGAAGUGUAAUAAACUGAAUCACUUUGCUAAAAUGUGUGGACAGAAACAAGUGAAAGAAGUUACAGCGGAGAACAAGAAAAAAGAACUAGAAGAUGAAGAGAAAGACUCAUUUGUCAUAGGUUCAGUACAUAGUAAUAAAUCAGAAGACUGGGUAGAGGUAGUACAAGUUUGUAAAAAGCCAAAG